AUGGACAAACCUUUCCACGGUUCUUCUUGCCGCAACCACCUCACGGUGGUGGCACCAUCACCUCGGCUCGUCCGAAGUCGAAGCGGCAAUGGCUCUGCCGCCGCAGCUAUAACUACUCCGGAGAGAAGUUCUGGUAGGUUGAGCUCUAGUGAAAGAUUCACCAUCAGUAGUAUACAACGUUCGAAGUCGACAUCGAGAACAAGAACAACCAACAAGGAUGAAGGGAACAUGAACCUAAACCCUACAUCCAUUCGAAACAAGCAAACAAAUACUAGGGUUCAAGACAAGAAAAAUAAAGAUGACAGCUUUGGCAAAAUCUUGCAACGAGGUGUUAGCCCUGAUAAUAAUAAUAACGUUGGAGCUUCAAAGAGGACCUCAUCAUCAGUAAAAUCUCCUUCGGCAUGGGCGCUUUCCCCAGGAAGAUGGUCAUUGGGAUCUCCGAUAUGGCCUCAACCACAGACGAAAACAUCCCUCAGUGUUAGCAGUGGUGUUGGUGGCAGUGUUAAUAAAGUUUUGAAGUACUUCAAGCAAAAGAAAGUGUCACCGAUGCAAGAGGAAGAGUACCAUCAGUUUAGGGUUUUGCAUAAUAGACUUUUGCAAUGGAGGUUUAUCAAUGCCAGAGCUAACGUUGCCAUGGCUAAUGUCAAGACUAUGGUCGAGAUACAAUUGUUUGCCGUAUGGGUUGGAAUUGUGAAACUGAGAAAGAUAAGAACAGAAAAGAGAGUUGAACUGCGAAAGGUGAAAGAUGUGAUGAAGCUUUAUAAAAUUCUGAAUGGACAACUCUAUCUUCUCAGUGAAUGGGCUCAAUUAGAGAGAAGAAAUCAAGAAUAUGUUGCCAAAUUGACAAGAAAAUUGUCAGCAUUCUCCAACAUAAUCCCUUUAACCUACCUUAAGGUAGACACAGGAUCCAUCUCUGAUGCACUGAAUGCAGCCAUUACAGUAAUGGAGGAUUUGGAACCAUUGAUCACAAAAUACCACACAAAGGUUAAUGGUAGCUGGUGGAGAAUGAAGAAGCUUCAUGACGACGUUGCUCAAAGGCACGAGGAACUCGCGAUUCGGUUUCGCGAUGCUUGUGGCGGAGCGUUUGGAACAAUGGCGCGACCAUUGCGUGAUAUGUUCGCGAAAGGUUUCUGGUUAGGGUUUCGAAAUGUCUAA